ACCGACACUCCACAAAAUCCUCCUUGGACUCCUCUUCACUUCUUCAAAGGCUUUAACUCCUUUGAUUUUCCAAUUACCUUCCAAUAACAACAACAACGAGAAGAUUUUGUACACAUCCAAUAAUUAGUGGUGCUGCAUCUAUUAUAACGUUUGUGUCUUGACAACUGUUUAACUAUAUAUAAUUGACACAAUUCUAAACUCUCUCAAGUUACUGUAUCUAUCUGAGAAUCAUUCCUUUGCAAUAAGCAAAACAACAACAAUCAACUACUAUUAUCACAUUGACUCAAUUGGACGUUGAUCCUUUGUUUCUGAAAACUCCCUCUCUCUUGUAAAUAUAUACAUUACACUCACAUACUUUGACAACAAACCCAGUUAGUUUGUAAAUAUGGUCUCAAAGAAUCAAGCCAACAUUGAAACAAGUGACUCUGCUUGUUCUUCACCUCAAAAGAUUAAAAAGAGCAAAAAGACAAGUCAACUGACUAAUUCCCCACCAAGCAUUCCACUCACUCUUACCCAAGUUCUGCCAAAGCAACGUAAAGAGUACACCAUCCAGCAGAAACGUGAGAAAUGGAGUGAUGAAGAACACGACAAGUUUAUCGAAGCCAUUAGGUUGCACGGCAGAGAUUGGAAGAAGGUUGAAGAAUUUAUUGGAACCAAGACAAGAAAGCAAAUUAGAUCCCAUGCUCAAAAGCAUUUCGAAAAGAUGAAAAAGACUGGUGAAGAAUUUCCAGCUCCAAGAGCAAAGAAAAAGAGUUCCAAACCUUAUCCAUCCAAGAAAACAAAUGAGAUUUACAAUGCCUUGUCCAAUGAACAAAUUGUCUCCAACUUGAAGAACAUCCCUAAUGAAUUUUUUGAAAAGUUGAUUGCUCAACAUGAUGUCACUGAUGCUAUCCGAUUGAUUCACUUGUUGGUAACGACAGACUCUGCCAAGACUUUCUCUGAACAAGAAAGAGCACUCAUAAAGACUAUUAUACACAAUGCUAACAUUCUUUCUGAGAAGCAAAGACAAUCAUCCAUGAGUAGCGAGUCCACCAAUCACUUGGUGUUUUUAUUAUCGAUUUUUACUAAUUUUGCUGAUUUGUUUGAUUCUAACGAUAGGUCAAACAAGGUAUCUAGUCCAACAAGCCAAGCUGCUGCUAGCACUCAAUCACCAAAACCUAAGCAUGCUUCUGAAAAGAAGGAGUCAACCCCAGUUGUUAAAACAGAAUCCGUUGAUGAUUGGAAUUCCUCUGUUAAUGCACUUGUUGUCGAGGAAGAGCUUGCAGAUUUUAAUCAAGUUCUCAACAAUCAAAAGCAUCAACAACAACAACACCAAUUAUUGCAACAACAAAUGGAAUCCAACCAAGCCCUCAAUCCUAAUGCUUUGUCUUCGAUAUUCCCACAUCUUAUGCUCAUGAACUCAAAGGCAAACAUGUCUACCAACCAACAAAUGCCAUCCACAUCUACUGUCGAUGUCAUGAAUGCAAUGAUGAGCUCAGAUGCUGAUCAAUACACUCAAUACUACAAUGUUAUUGAUAAUGUGAGUAGUGCCUCAUCAUUCUCUGGUGAGGAAAGAGAUUCAUUCUCACAGACCUUUGAUGAUGGUACUUUUGGUAUGAUGUCCAAUCCUCACACUACUACAAUGCUUAAUCCAAUUGCACUUUGUAAUCCUAUUACAGUUUGUCCACCUCAACAAUUCAUGUAUAUUCCAACCAUUUUGCUUCAACAACCAGCUCCAGAGCAUUUUUGUAAUUUCCAAAUUCCAACCAAUACCUUGUACAUAGCGCAACAACCUUCGACGAAUCCUCAAAAUUUUGACCAAUCUAUCUUGUCCUUCUUUGAUCAAAAGGACAAUGAAGAGCAAUCUGAUUCAUUCAAUGUAAAUACCAUUUUUGACACUUAUUAAAGUACUUGUAAAUAUUCCCAUUUCUAAUAAUUAUUCAUGUGUUCCAUUCUUAUUUUUCAACUUCAUCAAUCUUAGUUUCCAUCAUUACUUGAACUGUCUCUCAACCAAUUUCCCAAUGGUUGUGUUCUGUAACUUGGUAAAUGGGAAAGACACAGGAAAGA